UAUUGACUUCCGGAAAAUUAAACGAUGAAUAUCAACACGUUUGACUGGACUGAAGGACUUGAAAACGAAGAAAUAUACAGCAAUGACAAAGUUCUCAUCUCCAAGCUGAAGAUUUCGAAGUACAUCACACAAAACAUACCUGGUCCAGGAUGUGAGAUGGAGGACUUUGAAGAGAAACUUCUUGGCUGUCAAUGUGCAUCUUGUGAUAGAGACUGCAAAUGUACUGCUCGAUAUGGAAACGCAUACAAUGAUAAGAAAAUAGACGUAAUCCUUUUUGGAUCCAGUGUUAAACCUGUAUUCGAAUGUAAUUCUAACUGUUCAUGUGCUACGCAGUGUCAAAACAGGGUAGUCCAGCACGGUAUCAGUGUACAACUACAAAUAUUCAACACUGACAAGAAAGGUCUUGGUCUUCAGACUUUGGAGAAAAUGCAAACAGGAACCUUUGUAUGUGAAUAUGCAGGAGAAAUUAUAUCCUUACAAGAGGCACAAAGCAGAUGUAGCAAACAAAAAGAUACGGACAUGAAUUAUAUACUCACUGUAAAGGAACAUUGUAAAAAUGGCGUACUAAAAACCUAUGUUGAUCCAAAUAAAUUUGGAAAUAUUGGGAGGUAUAUAAAUCACAGUUGUUCUCCAAAUUUAUCAAUGGUUCCCAUUAGAGUAGAUACUAUGGUUCCAAAAGUUUGCUUAUUUGCCAAUAGAGAUAUCGACCCCCUUGAGGAGCUAUCAUUUGUUUAUGGGACUUUAAGGCCAGACCAGAAAACCGGCACAAAAUGUUAUUGUAAUUCAAAUGUUUGCACAGGAUUUAUGCCAUUCGAUGAAGAAUUAAAAGGAUCUUCUGAUUAGUUGGAGUAGACCACGAAGAAAACCAAAAAUAAUCAGCCGUCUGUCCAUGGAAGACAGCCAUGUAUUGAGCUAGGUCUACACAUGUUCAUAAAUUAAAUAUAAUAGUUUUAGUAUAUAUAUAUAAUGUACUUUUUUUCGGCAACCAACAAUCUUCACAACAGAAAGAAAUGAAUUUAUGGCAAUUUAACGUCAAAAUAACAUCAAUCAUGAUUAUACGUCACACAAAUAUAUUUAUAGAUGAAAUAAAAGAACAGCGUUCCA